AUGACUCAACAUUCACCACCCUCUAAAGACUCUCCCAUCAUCAUUAUUGGGGCAGGCGUAUUUGGUCUCAGCACAUCCAUCCAUCUUGCCCAAAGAGGUUACAAAAACAUCACAGUCUUUGACAAGAAGCCCUAUCAUGAGACGCUAUACUCAUACUUCCAGGGCUGUGACUCUGCAUCCUCUGACAUAAAUAAGAUUAUUCGCUCAGCUUAUGGGUCUCAAACAGAAUACCAGGAUCUCAGCACCGAAGCUCUCUCUGCUUGGGCCGCCUGGAAUGCAGAAUUCAAGGAUUUUAAUGAUGGUAAACAAGGUGGAGAUGAAGCCUCCUUAGCCUCCAAGAUAACUACCACCGACCAGCUCUUCAUUCAAAACGGCUACCUUAAUUGCAGCGAUUCCACAAUACUCCCAGACUUUGAGAUUGCAACUAUUGAAAACAUGGAGAGGGCCGGACUUUACGGCACGCAGCUCAUCAAUAACAAGGAAACCGAUAUCCAGCUCGCCUCUCAAAAGGGCCUUCAAUCUUCUCUCCAACCAUUCAGCAAAGACGUCCUUGGCGUUCUCGAUACCACAGGCGGUCACGCCCUUGCCGACAAAGCCUGUCUUUUUGCUCUUCACAAAGCAAAGAAACUCGGCGUCCGCUUCAUCCUGGAUCCCACAUCAGGGCUAUUCACCUCCUUCACCUACAAUCCAGUAUCGGAUUCUGCUACCAAACACAUUACCGGCAUCACCACUGCGGACGGCAAAUCUCAUGUAGCAGCUCUUGUCUUCAUCUGCUGCGGCAGUUGGACACCGUCGCUUCUCCCGUCACUCGACUCUCUUUGCGAAACGACCGCAGGUUCCGUCUUCAUGCUUCGUAUUCCGGAAUCGUCACCUCUUCGCCAGCGCUUACACCAUUCCCGUUUUCCUUCAUGGUCGUUCAAUAUGCGUGAACAUGGUGCUGACGGAGGUCUUUACGGUUUCCCCAUCGAUGAAGACGGCAUCCUCAAGAUUGGAUACAGGGGAACCAAGUAUACAAAUCCUCAGCAGCAAUCCGAUGGACAAGAGCGCAGCGUACCCGUGACUAGAUGGAGCGGCAGCUUAGCCUCAACUUCAACCCCGAUAAUAAACCAAGUUCCCCAACAGGCCCACAAAGUGGUCACCAAGUUCCUGGAUGAAUAUCUCCCUGAGUUGGGAAACUCCGGAAUUCACAUCUCAGAAAGUCGCCUCUGUUGGUACACAGAUUCCUUUGAUAACCACUACGUGAUCGACCAUGUCCCUGGAUAUGAGGGCCUCGUGUGCGCCACGGGGGGAAGUGGACAUGCAUUCAAGUUUCUCCCCAGCAUAGGCAAAUGGGUUGUUGAUGUUAUUGAGGGUGUUGGAUUGGAACGUCCUGCUAUCAAGGCAUGGAAAUGGAGAGCAUUGAAAGACGGUGACGAGCCUAUCAAUAAGUUGAUGGAGGGCAGCGAGGGACAUCGAGCAUUGAGAAAUAUUCCAUUGGUAUCU